CUACUGAACAAAGUAAUGGAUGCAUUCAGAGCAUUUGAAAAUGGGUCGCUCUUGCCCAGUUACUUUGCUCCUGCCAGAUGGGAUCCCUUCCGCCGUCCCUUGGACUCCAUCCAGCCCUGGCAAUUCAGGCUUCUGGCAGCAGUAAUGUUGUUGGUGACCUCCCUGUCACUUGCUGAGAACCUGGCUGUAAUCCUGGUAACUUGUAAGUUCAAGCAAUUGAGACAACCUGUCAAUUAUAUUAUAGUCAAUUUGUCUGUGGCUGAUUUCCUGGUCUCACUGACUGGUGGUACCAUCAGCUUUUUAACAAAUCUAAAAGGUUAUUUUUUUAUGGGAUACUGGACUUGCGUGUUGGAAGGAUUUGCUGUCACAUUUUUCGGCAUUGCAGCUCUCUGGUCCCUUGCUCUGCUGGCCUUCGAGCGGUACAUUGUGAUCUGCCGCCCCCUGAGAAAUGCGCGCUUGAGGGGGAGGCACGCAGCUCUAGGCAUCGUCUUUGUGUGGAGCUUCUCCUUCAUUUGGACCAUUCCACCAACAGUUGGCUGGAGCAGUUACACCCCCAGUAAGAUUGGAACUACUUGUGAGCCUAACUGGUACUCAGGAGCUUAUGCUGACCGUACAUACAUUAUUACGUUCUUCACCACCUGUUUUAUAAUACCCUUAUUGGUGAUUUUGGUAUCCUAUGGAAAACUGGUGCAGAAGUUAAAAAAGGUGUCAGAUGCACAAGGCAGGCUGGGAACUACCAGGAGACCUGAAAGACAAGUGACUAGAAUGGUUGUUUUUAUGAUCAUCGCCUUUCUAAUCUGCUGGAUGCCGUAUGCUGCCUUUUCUAUCCUAGUCACUGCAUAUCCCUCCAUUGAGCUGGAUCCUCGUCUGGCAGCAAUUCCGGCCUUCUUUUCCAAAACAGCUACCGUCUAUAAUCCAAUUAUUUAUGUCUUUAUGAACAAACAGUUCAGGCAGUGUCUGAUUGAAUUGUUCAGCUGUAAUGCCAUAGGAGCUGCAGAGUCCAACAUGAAUCUGACUUCAGAGAGAGCAGUGCUAACCCAGGACAGGAGAGGCAGCCAGAUGGCCCCCAUGGCAGCUCAUGGCACCAUUUCUAAGAGGAAAAGUGGAGAUGGUCACAGAGGCCGACAACCUUUGGCUCCAUUGACAGCUUCAGAAAACAAAAUGUGUCCCAUGUCGAGUGGGAGAUGGGGUCACUAAUGCAAUGCUGCAGUGUAUUUAAUGGUUACAAUCGCCUGAUAUAAAUCUGUGUUGUCGCUGGGGACAUUGUGCUCCUGUGGACUCGAGCUUUUGGGGUGCCGGGCUCCUCAGUGUGUGCAGGAGCUGCUUGGUCUGGGGGUGCAGGCACACAUCAGCCACAAGGUGAGGGAGUCCCUCCUGCCCUGCAUUUCUCCUCCCAGUCCUCAGCCAGUUUGCUGCAGGUGGUGGCACCCCCGCCUGCUGUGUCGCUCCCUGCACUCCCUAAGUGCUGUUUCUGCUCAAGUCACAUCCUCACUGCUUCCAUUGGGCUGCUGAUUCCAGAAUGAGUUAUUAACUCAUUGCUACACCUCUGCUUUCAGCAGCAAGGACUGUAACACAAAUACCGCUUCUGCAAACAGUGAAAACUCAUGGAAGUUGCCAGCUUUCUGUGUCUGUAUUCCAUCUCAUAUUUAAUUCACACAAUGAAGUGCAGCAAUAUAUUUAGCUUUAGUGGAAUGUCACUUGCACAUGAAAAGCCAAACCAGGUUAUGAGUGUAAUAAAAACAGACUUCUGUUUUACAAAGUGUUUGGGAUCAUUGUAUGAAAUGUUGCUAAGAACUAAGCUUGUGCUAAGGCACAUUGGAAUUUUAAUCCUUUAUAAAAUCCAUCUUUAAUUGAAUGCAUUUUAGGAGAAAAGGCAAAGGCUGACUGUAUUUAAAUGCUUUAGAAGGGAAAACCAUUAUUUCUGGAGAAGACAUUAGAACAAUGCCAGCUGGAACAAAUGUCGUUCCAUAAUGGUAUAGAGAAGCUACACUAGUUCCACCUCUACAGGCCUUAGCCAAAGAAAUGUGAUAUGGAAUGAAUCAUCCAUGGUUCAGUUUUACUUCCAAAAAUAGAAUUAUUUUACACAGAAUAAGUAAAUCAUGUUUCUAUCAGAUUUUUUUUCCUGCUUUCUGUUAAGUUGAUGUUGGAAAAACUAUAUUGCCUUGAAAGAGUGGGACUACCUGAGAUACCUGGGGUCAAAGCUAGUCCCUGAGCAGUACCUUGCUUGCCCUGAUUUCAUUUUGGGAUGGUAAGAGCCAAAGAGAGUAGUUAGUCUAUGAAUAAAAUCAUGAGCUGCAAAAGACUGUACAGUUUUCCUAUUAAUCUCACAAAAUUUCAUGAGGUGACUGCCUUUUAGAGUGUAAUUUCGGCUUGAACUUUUGCAGGCCUCAAUCUUAAACACAAAUGUUGAUCCUUAUUCUGACAGGCACAUUCUUUAAUCCUGUGUUAUCUGUAGCAGAGCAAUGAGCAGAUGUGUAUGCCUUUUUAAAAUGUUUUGGAAAUACUGCAAGAUAGGAAGAAUAUGGUAUUCAGUUAUUAAUUCUCUGCACCUUUUUGUGCUCAUUAGCCUGUUAAAACAGCCAGAUAUGAUUUGAAAGUGAAAAUUCUUGCAUUUAAGACUCAGAUUUUUCUCUUUCAAGGAUAUAUUGACCUAGGUUAAUCACAAGUUAAUGGUAUUACAUAUAUUAAAUCAUGAAGAAUUGGCAGAAGUGCUAGCAUUUAAUUAAAAGCAACAGAAUUAUUUUAUCUUUGGAGAAGGUGAGGAUAUGUAAAGUACAGCACUGUAGUACAAAAUAAAGCAACAAAAAUUAGGUAAUCCCAAAGAAAAAAGAAAUGUAGAAAAGCAUUGAAAUGAUGUAAAAAUGUAUGGAAAGCAGUAGAAAACAGCAAGCUGUCUCUAUGAGAUGUAGCCAUCUCUGAUAGAAACAAGGAAUAAUAGAAUCAAUGGGUAUUUUCAUCUUAAAAUGUCUUCAGUAAUGCUUUUCAGGAGGAGGAGGAUACCUUUUUCCCUACUUACUGCUCAGAAAAUACAUUUUAGAAAGUGUGAACACCUUGGCACAUUGUCAUGGUGGGCCAACCAGAACAGUAUCAGCCUGUGAGCAAAAUAUUGCAGGGCUCCCAGGAGCUGGUUGUUGUCUUUCGAUGUAACAUAAUAAAAAUUUUUUUAGAACUACGGGCAAAACUAGGGGUUCAGAGUUGUGCAUAGUGACUAAAGGGACACAUUUUUGCAAUAUGUGUUAGGAGCAUGACAUGAACAUUUUACUGUAUACAAAAAGUAACUUAGGCAAUGGAUGGUUUUAAGACCUUAAGAUUUCAUGAAUAAAAGAUGUUAACACUGCCAAAGUCAGCUUGCUACACUUGAUUGGGAGCUAAUGAACAGCAUCUUGUAUCCUUGAAUUUUCAUUUUGCCACCAAGAGUGUGGCAAAAAAUUCUCUUUAAAAAUUUUUGUUUCAUUGUCUAUUGUUUGCAAAACUAGCAAUGUAACAGAACACCACUUUCUGCUUUGUGAUCAUUGCAUUUUAAUGAUGUAACCUGGAGAAAGAUAUUGCCCUUCCAACAAAUCUUCCAUGGUAUAGGGGGAUAGUUGCUUUGUGGUUUUUU